UUCUGCUGCUUUUUUGCUGCCUAAGAAGACGUGUUAGUAGAGGAGUGUUAGAAACCUUCGUCGCCGAGCGUUUAUUUUUGUUUUUUCGCCGCAGAGGACGGUUGAACUGUGACGGCUGCUGCCACGGUGAUCCGCAUGUGACCGGGCAGACUGGGCGGGGCACGCGGUCUCGUGUGUAGUACCGUGGAACACUGAGUUCCAGUCAGCGUAGUCGUAGCGGCGGAGCGGCAGCGGUCGCACCCUUACACGGUCUGCAAAGUCCCCCAGAACGGACAACUGCCUCCUCGGAACAGCGCCCAGGACAAAAUCCAACCUUUCGAUAUACCGAUUUAGUUGUGACGAGACCUUGUCAGCCAAGGACAUUGUCAGUAACUCACAGCAGGUACGAUGAGCACCAAGAGGAAGGUGGAGAUUCAUUCAAAGGCAGCGAACAGACCUCACAUGCUGAAGUCUGGAAACUCGCGGGCCGAAUCGGAAAGGGACUCUGGAUUCUCAGACGCAAGCUCAGAGCACAUGAGCACAAUGGACACCACUGACUCGGAGGAUUCACCACACCCUGCACCGCAACAGGUAUCUACUGGUACAGGGUCCCAGUCCUCUCAGCUUGCUGUGGUGGGAGGUUCCUACUCCAGUCUCUCUCCCAUGAUCAUCAUGAACAAUGUCGUCCUUAAGCAGCCUGGGGACAAUCCACCUGCUUUAAAACCCUGGGGGUUUAGUCCCACAGUGGAGGUGGUUCAGCCUGUGGUCCAGCAGCCUCAGGUGGUCUUCAUUCAGCCAGUGGUCUCUCGUCAAGCUUCCUCUGCUUCCAAAGACACUACCUCCAGACACAGACGUCCUAAAAAAUUUCUUCCCAUCCUGAAAUCUUAUCCCAAGAUUGCUCCACAUCCUGGAGACGGCUCCAACUCUAGUUCAGGGAGAGGAACUGCUUCUUUGUCUUCCUCCGCAUCCUUCUCCUCGUCCUCCUCCUCUUCUUCUUCUUCAGGGUCAGACAGAGGUAGCAGUCUGACUUCCAACCACGUGGAACCCUGCCAGAGAGCAAAGCGGCCAAGAGCUCUGUGUGGUAGUGUAAGUAACUCUGCUUCAGCUGCUCCCAGUCUUCCGAAUACACCUAGCGCCGGGUCUCCUCUGCCUCAGAGUAGACUUUCUCUGUCUACACCUGACACUAGCUGCAGCAGUAGUCCUGCCAGAGAAAGGCCUUUAUCAACUGGCAGCCAGUCGGAGUUUACCACCUCCCUUUCUUGCACUCACAGCAGUAGCUUCAAAAUGCAGACAGCCCCUGUGCCCCAGGUAAUUUCCCUGGAUAAUAUUUCCCCAGAAGAACAUGACCACAGUGACAGUGAUGCUGAUAUAAAGAGGAAACGCUUCUGCAACACCUACAACAUCUUGAGCAAAUCUGGCCUGCUAGAUAUAACUCUCCGCACGAAGGAGCUCCUCAGGCAAAACCGACGCACCCAGAAUGACUUGGACCAGUUAAAGGAACAUACAGACCUUUUCCUCCAGGCUUUAAAGAGCGGUGACACUUGUGUUUUGGUUAAGCUACAGUCUAGGCUUCAGGAGGAAGACAAAGAGAAAGAGGGAAAGACCAGAUCAGAGCAGCUUAACAGCAGAUUAGACCUAGACUAGUGCUAGACAGAAAUGGGGGAAAGGGAGCCUGGGGUAGGGGGUUGUAGCAUAUAAAGACAGAUGGACCGAAAGUAAUGCGCUCCAUAGCGCACACCCUCUCUCAGACUUUGAGACACAGUGCGGUGGCCUACAUUUUGUCUUUCAUCUGCCCGAGGGCCCUGACACACCAAGCCAGCCUCAGACAGUUAGUGUUUUUGAUUGUCUCAUGUUUUGUGAGCAGUUGUAAGACGAUAGCUGAAGGCCAGCUCACCUCUAACGUACAGUACACAUGUUCUGUAUUUCAAUUAGGGGAAACAUUUUCGUCGGCCAUCCUUUGUCAAUUUUUCCCAAAGAAUUUGAUUUUAUGCAAUGUGUUUGGGAAUCACCCUUUACCUCUCACUGUAGAUGGUAUUUGGUUAUAUGUAAUGCCAUUAUAUUGUUUUCUUCCCCAAGACCUACACUCUAGACCAACAUGGUGGCAGUGGCCUGUUUAUUCUGUCCUCAUUAGUAGAGUCAACAUUAGUUAGUGACAGCUGAUCUGUGCUGAUGUUCAACAUUUGAGGCAGCAAGCAGGUUACUCACAGACACAUUAGAGGGCGAGAGUCCUGUAGUUAAUUCAUUACGAAUGGCCUUGAUUCUCAUAGACGGUUUAAAAAAAAAUGUGGACAAAUGCAUUUAACCAGAGACUAUUUAUAAAACGUAUCUAUAAAAGCAAGUAACUUGUUAACUUGUUUAACAAGCCUGUCUCUCUAGCAUCAGAUAUUUGAAAUGCUGCCUGUCUAGCUGUUGGAUUGGUGUGUCAUGCACCAAAGGUCAGAAAAGACCAGAGCCAGUGUACUUCUCUGCCGUACUGAGCCAGACUGGAUCGCUUCCACUUCUGAUGAAUGCACAAUGCAGCGUCACAAUCUAAAUAGGAAAUCUUGUACCGCCUCAUCACGAGGCGUCGCCUCCAACGAGUUAAUCAAUCUGACAACAGAGUGUGCCAGUACAUUAUUUAAUUAUGUUACCAUUUUGUUAAACUAUAUCACCGCAAAGCUGUGUCUGAUCAGAUUGGUGAAAUAUGAAAGAUUACACACAGGCUGUUUGAUGGUCGCGGCUCCUAUCAUAUUGAUGGCAGCUGUAAUGCAAGUUAAACUAAAAGUAAAUCUCUUCCUCAAUAAUGUUAAUGUAAAAUUCUUCCUUUAGUUGAUCAUAUUUAUCAGCAACAGCCAUACUAUUUGUCUGUUUUUUUUCCACGCAUAUGUCAUUUUAUUUGUUCCAUAUUCUUUUGCUCUUUCAAGUCUGUGUUUAAAGAAAUAUUGAUAAGCCUAACGAGUUUUUUUGCUGAUCUGUAGUUCUGCAACGUAUUUUGACCUCUUGUUUUGUAAAGAUUUAACAACUGCAUCUAAUUUGGGAACAACUGUGUAGUUUAGCGAUGCUUUAUUUUCGCCUUUUUGUAUUGUUUUUUUUAAUAAAUUAUGGCCUUAUACAAACUCAAUGCAGGUUACAGAGCAUUGUAUUUGCACUAAAAUAACCUAAAAUGACUCUGAAGCAAUUUCUUGGCAGCGUUAAAUGGCAGCUACAGUAGCACAUAUGAGGUAAACAUCUUUUUUUUUAAAAGGUUACUUGACAUGCAAUUACUUUCAAGUGCAUUGUGAGUUGUCAUAAUCGCACUACUAGUGUAAACAUACUGUUCCUAUGGUACAGUCAUGCUUAACAUUUAGAGUGUCAGAUUGAUAUUAAUAGACAUUAAUAUUAGCUGUGUAUUUAUUUUUGGCAUAUUUUGUAUUUUAUUACAGACUCUCAUGUAAUAUACUUGCUGUGCUCAUGCUGACUUAAAAUCUCGUACAGAACAUACUGUAUGCACUUGUCAUCAUACUUGUACUAUUCCCUUCCUAACAUGUUCAACCUUUAAUAUAGGUGAUGUUAAACAUUUACAGAACGGUAAGAUCCUGUGGCAGAACUUUGUGAAACAUUGAAGCUUUUGUGUGUGUGUGUGGGGGUUUUUUUUUUUUCUGAAUGAGUUCUGGGAGUUCUCUGCAUUUGGUUGCCUUCUUUCUUUUGUGGAGACUGGAGAACACUAAUUAACUUGCAGCCUUUAUUUUGUAAACGGACUCGGAACAGUUUCUUUCAAACUUAAUGUGCAUUUAUCGUUAACAGUCCUGCUGCAAAACCUUGUAUCUAACAUUAAGCCCUGUAAUUGGUAGUUUGGGCUUGAGCUGAAGACAUAUGACACCAUCUGACACACUCUGCCGAGCUAAACAUAAAUGCACAGUAGAGUCAUUGUUUUGAGGCUAAAUGGUCUAAAUUUUGUUUGAUAAAACAGAACUGUCGACCUUUUUUCUACUUUUUUAGCAUGUCCUCAGCUCAGGGACUUCAUGGUCUGGUGGUCAUGGCAUUGACAGAUUCACACAUGUGAACCAUUCAGUGCUGGGCCUUUAUUUCUAAGACAUUGUAAGAUUUUUCUAAACUACCAUUAUCUUUGUAUCAUACUGUACAAAGACGUUGACCCACUGCUGUUCAGAAGACCCACAAUACAUUCCAUCAAAAUGUUUUGUUAGUUUUUAUACUAAUGAUUCAUAUUUUCAAACUGGCAAACCAGAGACAAAUCUGACUUUUGAUGUGGCCAUGGUCACAGCAAUUGUGUGAUUACAACAGCAACACUACUGGCAGUGUUUUGUGUUCAGCCUUUGUUACUGAGCUCUUUUUAGUUCUGCCUAAUAAUCCAAAAUCUUUAUUUCAGUGAGUGAUUGCUGAGAAAAGCUAAUUUACAUAACUAAACCCUAAAAAUUUAUUUGAACUUUGUUGUGAACAAGUUCCAUCAAAUCCUGAUUUACUCUUUGUAUAUUAAAUGUACUGAUAUCCAAAGGGUAAAUAAAGCUUUAACUGAAAAUUGUAUAUUUAAUUAUAGAGUGGUGGUCAUUAAUGUCACAAUACGUUGUUAAUUAAACAUCUAAUUUUACCUGUACAGGACAUUUGUAAUUUUGUGACACUGGUUAUUUUUUAACCACAUGUACAUGGUGGCAGCUUUGUACUUCUUAUUACUGCCUUUUCAUUUUCAAGAUGCUCAAGCUUAUGUUGAAACCUUUUUUUUACUCUAUGUAGUAUUAGUGCACCAGCAGCAGUGAUGGGACAGAAUAUUGGUGUUGAGUAUGUUAAACAGAAACAUGAACAGUUGCCCAAAAAGGAAUCAUGCAGACUGAAUGUAGUUUGUCUGUCUUUCCUCUUUUCUUCAAAUGUAAAUUCAGAAAGUUGUAAAGGUCUUUUUGAGACCUCUUACUGUUGAAUACCUACCAAAACAUCAGCUGUGCAUUUUUGUCCAUAAAACCUCUUAUCAAGUUUUCUUAUCAGUAACAACGGCUACACCAAUCAGAUACUGGUAAACUGAGGUACAUAAAUGAGAUUGAUGUAACAUACUUUUGUACAAUUUUAAAAACUGCUCAUUGCCUGUCUAAUAAAUGUCUUUCUAAAGAA